GUACAGGAAAAAUAACUUCUUAAUCACUGGAGACGUGUGACAUCCUUUGUCUUCAGAAAAGCCUGUGCACAUGCACUAGUGCAGGGAUACUUCAUUCUAGAAAGUGAAAAGGACAUUAGAUCCUAGAACAUUAGGUUUCAAAAGCAGCACAAUAACCAUGCCACCCCAGGCCAGCAUUGAGAUCUUCCCCCUACGUCUAAAUGAUGCUUCACACUUCCCGUCUGCACGAUAACAUUUAAACUUUACAGCCUAUGAUUUUCCACAGCAUCCAUCCCAAAAUAGGGUUUUGUGCGCAGAUAAUAAUCAUUCUUUGAACGGAGAAAUUGUAGGCCUAACUGAAGAUCUAUAUACAAGAAGCAUUUUAUUACAUUUUAUAAAUGAGCGUGAGUUAUCACACAUGUCAGUUGCUAUAAAGGGCCCCAUCAAGUGGCCACUUAAAAUUAGAGAAGGAUGUGCAGUCAGAGGACCUUAUCAAUACCAAAAAGGGAGCAACUGAGCAAGAAUGUUUCUUUAACCAAAGGAUUGUAACUUCAGGGGAUGCUUCAGCAAUCCAGGAUCAAGGAAUUAUUUUGCGUAACUUCUGAGGAGAGCAGGAGCGAGACAUUUGAAGAGACACUUAAUCCAGGACAUGACUCAGUUCAAGAUUUUAAUAAAAUUAAAGAACAAGCUGUAAGAGAGUUGUGCAUUGGGAAAACAAAAUCAUUUGUAGAAAGUGAUAUGAUAGAUGGUACUGUAUGUAACCGUGAAUUAUUGCAAAAAGAGCUUCACAUGGACACAGUUACAUCACAAAUACAUGACCCCUGUAAAAAGGAUUUGUUACAGCUUAGGAAACAUCCUGUGGAUCAAGUUGAAUGCUACACAACCAAUUGUAGCUUAAAUGAGCAAAUAAAAGGAAAUGAUUGCCAGAAACAAACUCACUUAAAGGAUAACAAUAUGUCUGACUCAAAUAUUCUUGCUGAUAAGAGCAGUGACUUAACUCUGCCUGUUGAAUUGAUUGAGGAUAAUACUGACACAUGUACGUCGAUAGAAUCCCAGGGAUCAUUUGAUUUAUGUAACAGUAUACAUUACCAAAAAUGUAGUGAAAUAAAUCCUACAAAUAAACAUGACAAACACUUACAAACCAAUGAAUAUGAUAGUAAGACUAGUACUCCUAAUAUAGCAUCUGAUAUAGGCGACCUCAAUACAUCGACAAACAGAACUGUUUCAGAGAGUGAAAAAACUGUAAAAAUGUGUUCACUGGAUUUUCAAGCCAAAAACACUGCGAUAGGCUCAUCAAGACCUGACAGUACUAGGAAUGGUAAGAGGAAAACUGUGUCCCAAAUGGCAAAAUGCAGAAAACUGGGAUCACUUUAUGAAACAGAAAUUGUUUCCCAUAAACUGGAAUUUGUUGAAGAGGAGAAUCUUUCUGAAGAAGAAAGCAGCGAAGAUGAUAAUUUAGAUAGUCCUGUUACGUAUUCAAGAGAUCGCCUUGACCACAGAAAAGAGAGACAUCAAUAUGUUUCAGAUCAGUUGGAUCCUGAUGUUUUACACCUGUUAGAAAUGCACCUACGUAAACAGCAACUUGUUGAAAUUAAGGAAGAGAGAGAAGAAGAAUUGCUGGAUGUGCAUAUUAAUAAGGAAAAGUCGCGCUCUGAAACCUUUAAACUUUUAAGGAAUAUAUCUCCAGUUUUGGAUAUGGUCCUUGAGGAGCCAGAGCUGGAGCAUUCAGGAGACACAUUAGAAGAAGGUAGUAAAACCCCUUCAGAUAUAGAGUCUGAUGACAGCAGUAAUUCCUGUGCAAUGGAACUGGGCCUAAUGGAAUCUCUGCAAAACGAUUUAAUGAGUAAAAGUAGUAAAAUAGACAAACAUGAGAUAGCAACAAUUCUUCAGACACCAAGCUCUGAUAUUUCGACAAGAGAAAACAAAAGCAGCCAAAAGGUAGCUGUGUGUGAUAACAAUGACAAUAAAGUUAAUUGUGAAACCAUUAAAAACAAGGAACCAAAAACACCUAGAGAAGGAACAGGAGAUGCAAGUAAUUUACAUAUGGAUGAACUGCAGAAGCUUGUUGAUGUAAAUGUUACUUCUGGUUUCAAUUCAGGAUCCCCUACAUUAGAAAAUGGACAUGAUCUGGAAGCGUCAUUAAAAGGCGAUAAAUCUGAGUCAUGGAAAGAGUUGAAUAAUGUGACACAUAAAGAUACAGAAACAGAACAAGAUAGCAUGGAAGAAGUAGACCAUUCAAACCAGUGCAUGAGUAUCAGAUCUGGAAACAAAGAGCUUUACUUUGAUGAAAGCCAUGAAGGAGUAUCCGAUUCUGAGUCCUGUGUUACAUAUACUGGGAUAGCACAUUCUGAAAGUAAAGAUGAUGCAUUUACUGCAGCAGAAUCUGUGUGUGUGAAAACUAAAGACUCAAAAGAACAAUGCCCUACUUUAGAUGGAAACCUUAAACCACAUGACCUCAUUGUACCCAGUUUGGAUGGUAACAUGUCUUUGCCCAUGGUACCUCAAAGCACUGAUAACUAUUUUCCAAAUCAAACUGAUACUUUUAUAACUAAAGAGGUUUCUAUUAAACAACAUGAUGAUAUUGACAAACCUAUCGAGGGAGAGAACAUUGACCAAACCGAUUACAAGGAAGAACUAAAGGCUGUGAAUAAAGAAAACUCCUCUGAGCCAUCUCUGUGUUCACCUGCUGAAAUGUCUACACUACGUUUAGAUCUAGAAGAAAAGAUCUUGUCUAUCCUGGAGAAAGCACAUGCUGCUGACUGCCGAUCCUCACAUCUGCAAGCUGGAGCUGAGCUCCUGUGGAAAGAGAGCAUAGAGCUGAGAAACGAAUGUCAAUCUUUAUCCAAAGAAGCAGCUGAACUAUUAUCCUUAUUCAAGAAGCAGAGCGUCGUACACAGGCAACCAAGGAGACAAAGCUCAAUGAGGACACAGGCUGUAGGAAGUCUAAUAAGUACUGCUGACAGGAAACCAAGCAACAAGGAAACACUAAAUUUUAGCAGUAAAAAUGAUUCCAGAAACACUAACAAGGGAGAAGACCAGCUUAAAUUUUUGAGCAAAAAAUACGACUUUUUACGAGAAGAAGCACCCGAGAUUAUGAGGGAGCUACAUGUCUUGCAGCAGGACUUGAAAAGCCUUUCUUCCCAUCACAAUAAGGUGGGCACUGGGCCUAUGAGCAUCCUGUACAGCUUGCUGUGGGGUAGCCUGAUGACAGGCGGUGCCCUUUUACUUGCAUGGUGGAGCACAAAGCACCUGGGCUGAAGCUACUGACUUUUACCCAUGGGAUAUAGCGUACUUGAAAACAUACUGUAAAGCCUGCCAAAACAAGAAUGAACUCUUAUAUGAAGACUGACACUAUAGAAAACAUGUUUUGUUAGGUACAAGUUUUCAUUUCCCUGGAUACCUGCAAUUUGGGAAGCUCGCAUCUUUUUUUCUUAAUGCUGAAGAUUUCAAAUUUGCUGAAUAUUUCAACCAUUUUUAUUUUUGCUGCAAUGCAACCAGUAGGACUCUGGUUUAAAAAAUUAGGAAAAGAACAAGUUUAGCCACCUGAACACACUUAAUACAUUGCUUUAACUUUCGGGUUUUGUUCACGCACCAUCUCACUUUCCUGUUUUUGUAGUUGUAUUCUCAAUUCGGAUUCAGCAAAAGAUGAAACAGAUUGAACUGUCCUAUUCCCUCAACAGAGCCUUCACCGUGGUGGGAUUUCUGCACCGAACUUCCUGCCCUUCAGAAAAUCAGCAGAGAUUAUUCCUUUCUCACAAUACUGUUACUUAGUUGCCUCUUGACAUUAGGUUAUGUUCUCCCGGUCAGUAUCUAGAAAAAUGCUGGAAUUAUUUAAUCAUUUUUUUUUUUUAUCAAUCAAAGUAACAACUUAUUUCCUUAGAGAAUUUUUACACUGUUCUGUCUGAAAAAUGUAAUAUUCUAUUUUAGUAAUUCUAGGAACAACAGUAGAUAGUGGCUCGAUGGUUAUUUUUUCCCCCUGGGAGAUCUAUAUAAAAGAACACUUUAGUGAGUAUUACAUAUGUGCUUUUUCUAACAUCUUUGUUUCUGUAUAAUGUUAUUUGAGUCUGAAGUUAUUGGCCCGAGAAGAGGAGAGCUGUGUCCCCAAAACAACACUUUCUGCCUAUAUCUUUUGGCUUCUCGGUGUUGUCAUUGGAACGUGCAACCUCAUAGAAAUCAGUCAUUAUCCAUCUGUAAUUUUUGACACAAUUAAAAGAUUCUUUUUUUUGUUGUUGCUUAGAGAGACAGUGGCCCUAUCAUAGAAAUAAUCUCCUAGCACACAGGUGAAUAUGUGCCGUACAGGUAUCAUGCACUUUACUUGGAUUAUUCAGAGGAGUAAUAUUUUGUUUACCUUUUUUCACAAGGUCAAAAAAGAGGCAUAGUUCUCUAAGGAAAGCAGAGCGCCACAAACUCCUCAUUCUAUUGGGCAAUGAGUUGAGCUAUAAAGAUUGCUCCAUGAAUGAACUAAAGGAAGAUGAGUUAAAAUUCCUCUUCAGACAUAGUAAGCACGCAUCUUCUUCUUGUGGUACGUUCUGAUCUUUCUCUUAUGUCAUUUUAUCACUAUGUAAUUACUAUGAGUACUCAUACUUGUUUUUGACUUAAUAAUUUCAAUUUAUUGGGCGUUGUUUAUUAAGAGUGGAGUGCAGUUUUUUGUUGUUGUGGUUUUUUGUUUCUAACAGGUAUUUUUCCAUGGUAUUUACUGUUGUAUCUUGUAUUUGCUGAUUUUCCCUACAUUUUGCUCUUUUUACGCAGACUCUUAGCUGUCCGGUUUUCCAGAGCUGAAAUCUACCACAUUGGCCCUUAUUUACUAAGAGUGUUGUGUAGGUUUCUUUGUGGGUUUUAAUUCCCUACAAUUUAUUUUCCACGGUAUUUACUAAGGUUUCCCUACAUUUUCCACUUUCCCUACACUUUCCUUUUUUUUUUUACACAUGCUCUGAUCUGUCGGGUUUUCCUCAGCUGAAAUCCACCACAAUUUAUGUGGAAACCUUAGUAAAUAUGUUGGGUUUUUGUUAAAAUGUCAGGACCACGCCCUCGGGUUUUCUUAGCAAAAUGAAGAGUUAGUUCGGGUUUUUUCAAUUCUGGCACAGACAGAAUCUGGCGCACAACGCGACAAAACAUGUCAGGUUUGCAAUAGUAAAUGAGGACCAUUGUGUGUAUAAACAUUAUACACAAAAAAUUUGAAAAUGUAGGCUUUUGGAGACACCACUUUUUCCUGAUGGCCACGCCCCUUUGUAGGGUUUUAUGAGCAAAGUGGAGAGUUAGUAGGGUUUUUUGGAUUCUUUAAUGGAAAUUCUUCUGCAACACAAAAAAACCCUACAAAAUCAGCUCAGAAAAGUCUUAUUAAAUGAGGCCCAUUGUCUUCAGAAAAACUUCAAACUUACCUUUUUAGAAUUAAUGUAUUGAAUUUAUCUGAACAAAACAUUUAACAGGAACCUGUCAGCAGGUUCAUGCUGCCCAAACCACAGGAGUCAUGAAACACCAUCAUGCUGCCCGGUUUCCUCUGUGCAGUGAUGUGUGAUUCGCUCAGAAAUGCUGCAACAUUUCACAGGAACCAUAGUCACAAAGCUGGUCUGGAACGGGGUUUCCAACCAGUAAAAUGGUGUCUAACAACUCCUCGGAUCCGCGUGGGAGAGUAAGGAAUGGAUGCUUUGCUGCAGUCAAAUACGAAGUAACAUUAUAAACAAUUAUUAGUGAGUUAUUGUAACAAUCCUCCUCAGAAAUGAAUCCAGGUUUGCCAUUUUUUUUUUUUAUCAGAUUUUACUUAAUCAGACCAUAAUCAGACACUGUAUUUCUCCAGUAACAAAACAUUGGAGAAUCUAAGCGGUAAUACCAUAAGUAAUUCCUUUUGUUGGUACAUGCUGGCUAUUUGGCCAGGCUGGUAGCCUUUUGCCUGUGGACAAGCUCUUAUAUCCUUGUGGUAGCCAUCAAUGUCUAUCCAGGAAACAUAAUAAUGUUAAAAUAAUUAAAGAACGGUUUGGUACUAACUCAACAUGAGGGGUACUACUAGGGCAGGGCGGUAUGACCAAAUAUGUGUAUCACGGUAUUUUUUUAACUUACGGCGGUUCCACGGUAUAUAACUGUAUUUUCUCACCCCCUCCCCCCCCCAAAUCAUGUGACCAGCCAGCACUGUUCUGUCCCCCCAACCCCCCAAUCAUGUGACCCGCGCGCGGUAUUCGGCUUCCCCCCAAAAAAAAAUCAUGUGACCCACCAGCACUGUUCUCCUCCCCCCAAUUAAGAAUCAGCCCAGCGGGGUACUACUCACCGAUGUCAAGCACUGCCCUGCUCCUCUUUGUUGGGGGGCCGUCCCGGCCAGUGAUAGGCUGAACCCACUGUCAUGUAAGAAGCCGGCUUCUUACAUGACAGUGGGCUCAGCCUAUCACUGGCCGGGGCGGGGCAUCACUCCGGCCGGUGAUAGGCUGAUGGCUGUCCACGUUCCAGUCCCCUGCGUGCGGCCGAGGUGGGUGAGUUAAAAGUUUAUUUUUUGUAUCUUUUGCAGCCCGGGCAUAGGUAUACAGCGUACAGCAAUGGUCUCAAACCUGCGGACCUCCAGCUGUUGCAAAACUACAACUCCCAACAUGCCCGGACAGCCAACGGCUGUCCGGGCAUGCUGGGAGUUGUAGUUUUGCAACAUCUGGAGGUCUGCAGGUUGGAGACCAUUGGAGUACAUUAUAGAGUUCCAGCGCCGGCGGCGGCCCCCAACAAAGAGGAGGAGGGGCAGUGCUUGACAUAUGUGAGUAGUACCCCGCCGGGCUGAUCCUUAAUUGGGGGGAGCAGAACAGUGCUGGCGGGUAAACAUAGGGUUAGUUCCCCAAUAUGGGGACAGCGCUGCGCUGAUAAUACAUUCCCGAGGGGGAGGGGCCCAACCGGUAUUGCGGUAUGGGGGAAAAUUCAUAUCGUGCAGCCCAAAAAAAUUCGGUAUUCGGUAUGAACCGGUAUGCCGCCCAGCCCUAGGUACUACUACUCGCACUGGGAGUCCUUGGUAGAUUGUAAUGCAAUUUAGGAGAAUCUGGUGAUCAUAUAUUAUUAGAGAAAUCUUGUGAUGAUGUCAUGUCCUCGUAUGAUCAUAUCUAUCACCCAAUGCAACAUGGCAUACAACUAUAAAUUGCCUUAUACCGGUAGUAGAUAUAGUGGUAAUAAAGCAGUUCUAAAUAGUGUUGUAUUUUCAAUAGUUUACAACAGGGGUUUCCAACCUGCGCCUCUACCACUGUCUUGAAACUGCAACUACCAGCAUGCACUGCCAACCCGCAUCACUCAGGGCACACUGGGAGUUGUAGUUCCGCCGCAGCCAGAGAGCUACAAGUUGGAGAUCACUGGUUUACAGCCAAAUGGCAUGAAACCCAACUACCAGGUCCUCAAGGGAGAAGUUACCUUGACACCUACGUGCCUCCUUUUAUACAUGUAAAGUUGUAAGUAACAUUUAUUUAUGUUUUAAAUUCCCAACCUGUAAGCGAACCAAGAAGUUGUACUCGCCCCACUAUUUUUAUAUUUACACUGACAAAGUGCAUUAUGCUUUAAGAAUAUACAUGUAGCAUGUUUAAUCAUUGUGUAGUAGUGUGGAAAAACCCAGAUGCAAAUAUAGGGAAGCCUUUCAUUGCAAAAUAAGGGUGGAGUAGCCUGGGCGUUAAAAUUUCCUUUUUUCUUGUGUAUUACUACUUCUGCUCAAAGAUUAUUGCAUGUGUAUCCUAAAUAUAUACAAUAUAUAUAUAUAUAUAUAUAUAUAUAUAUAUAUAUAUAUAUAUAUAUAUAUAAAAUGUACAAAAAAGAAAGUUGCAACAGCACUCUUGGUCAAAAAAUGGAGGCUCUUAGCGCACUUUUUGAUCAAAAUGUGUCCCCCCCAUAUAUAUAUAUAUAUAUAUAUAUAUAUAUAUAUACAUUGUUUAAUCCCUUCCUCCAUCAUCAGUGCCCUUUGUAACCAAACUGAUAAUGAAUCUACUUCUUAUACAUACAGGGUGCUUUAAUUUACACUUUUCAUUUUUCAAAAUUUUUCGUAAUACCGUGUUUUUUUUUAAAGUUUUUUUUUAGUUUGUUUUUUAAGGUUUUGUUGCUGUGUAUUGAUAAACUUAUACUACCGUACAUGUACUUGGUUAAAGGGGUUCUCUUCAAAUCAUAUACAUUGUGAUAAAUAUACAGUAUCUAAAAAAAAAUGUUGCUGUUCCAUUGCAUUACAGAAUGUGUUGAUUGUUAAAAAGAAAAAAAGCAUGCUAACGUUUUUUGUAAGACUACAUUUGCCCUCAGCCCACUGUCGUCUCUGGCUGCUUUAA